UGUAUGAACGGUUCAAAUUCUGCUGAGAAAUAUUGUGCUUAUUUACUUUAAUGCAUAUGGCAAACUUCAGUGGUUAUUUAGUUACUGUAAACAAAUUUGACUUUGUCACUGUCAAAAUAGAAAGCAGCUUUAAAAACGUUUACUUAUAUGUGUUAUAGUGAAAAGCAGUUUCAAAAACGUUUACUUACUUAUAUGUAUUAUAGUAAAAGUAAAUUGCGUGAAUACAAGAGUAUGAAGUUUUUUAAAACAUGAGAAGAAUGCCUCUGUGACGCCCGGGGACAGCACGUUGUACCCAAUCGUAGUUUCUUACCGAAUUACUUUUCAUAAAGUGAUUCUAAAUAUAUACCCAACAAAUCAUCUAUACUGGUAAUGAAAAUGGAUGCUAAAGAAGCAAAUUUACGCUUCACUACAAAUUCAAAAACUGUCCGGAGUUUUUUAGAGUCAGCACCGCAUGUGUUAAGCUGGUUCCAAAACGGACAAUGGCUUUCAUUUCUAUAAUGUGCCUUCUAACGAUAAACUUCGCCUUGUAUCAAUUUUAUGUUUCUUUACCUGAAUUUAAACGACUUGAUCAAUACAUGAGGUAUAACCAUUCACUAAAAUGGGAGUCCAAGCUUCAACGUAUAAUAUCUGAAGGAGCGAGAAAAAGUAGAACGAUUCAACAAACUAAUCCUAUCACUGAGAAAAGAGUUGUUUUAUCAAUUUCCGGUAUAGUACCUAGGGCUAAAUAUUUUUCUCAGAAACAACUACCACAGAAAAUGCUUUCAAUUAGAGAGGUUCCUCAAAAACAACCACUAAAGGAGAUACCUCCAAUAAAACAGGUUCCUCAGAAACAACCACCACAGAAAAUGCUUUCAAUUAGAAAGUUUCCUCAAAAACAACCACUAAAGGAGAUACCUCCAAUAAAACAGGUUCCUCAGAAACAACCACCACCGAAAAUGCUUUCAAUUAGAAAGGUUCCUCAAAAACAACCACCAAAGGCGAUAUCUCCAAUAAAACAGGUUCCUCAGAAACAACCACCACAGAAAAUGCUUUCAAUUAGAAAGUUUCCUCAAAAACAACCACUAAAGGAGAUACCUCCAAUAAAACAGGUUCCUCAGAAACAACCACCACAGAAAAUGCUUUCAAUUAGAAAGGUUCCUCAAAAACAACCACUAAAGGAGAUACCUCCAGUAAAACAGGUUCCUCAUAAACAAUUAGCAAAGAAAAGCCAUUCAGUGCGAGUAUCACCGAUUCAUCAUAAGAAUACCUCUUUUACGAUGAUUGGUCCUGUUUUCAAAUUUUAUCAACUUGGUCAUACAAAUUCUAGUAUAGAUAUUUGUCAGAAGAAGAAAGGAAGCAUUAAAUUAUUGAUAAUUAUUACAUCAGCUCUGAGCCACAAAGAUGCUCGUAUAGCAAUAAGGUUAACUUGGGGUCAUUAUACCGUUAGGAAAGAUGUAGUCAUAGCCUUUCUUAUGGGAACAACUACGGACCCGAAACUCAAAUUUGAAGUGGAAGAAGAACAACGUUUGUACGAAGAUGUUAUUAUUGGAAAUUUUAUUGAUUCAUAUUAUAACCUUACUUUAAAGACUGUAUCUAUGCUAGAGUGGGUAAGAACUUAUUGCCUAAAUGCCAACUUUAUUUUAAAAGCCGAUGACGACAUGUUCAUAAACGUACCCAACGUACUAGAUUUAAUAUUCAAUUUAAACCCUAAAGGGAGAGUGAUCUAUGGAAUGUUGGGAAGAAAUUAUAAACCAUUUCGUAAUUUGGAAUCAAAAUAUUAUGUUUCAUAUGAAGAAUUCAAACCAGAAGUGUAUCCAGACUUCGCCACAGGGCCAGCAUACUUGUUUCCUACCAGGCUCUCCGUUGAGUUAUUCACAGCGAGUCUAAUGCAUCCGUUCUUUAAAUUGGAAGAUGUAUUCUUAACAGGAAUUGUGUCAGAAGAUUUAGGAAUAAGACGUGUUCAUGUCCCACAGUUUCAUAAUCUAAAAGCCAAACUUACUGCGUGCUUGAUUCAGAAGAAAAUAAGUAUCCAUCAGAUUAAACCACACCAACAGUUCGAAGCAUGGAAUAUAUUACUGAGCGGUUUGCAGACAUGUAAAUGAAAACAAUAUAGCACUGAAAGCUGUCAAUGCUUUUCUACGAAUUUAUUUGAAAAAAUAUGUAAAAGAUCGUGCAAAUGGAAGGAACAAAGAAAUGAAGUAAGGCAAUUUGACAAAGGAAUAUGGAGUAUUGAUAGAUUAAAGCAAUUUGCAAAUUAAAAAUACUUUUGGAAUGUUAAUACUCAGGUGUGGUUUCGGAGCAAGAUUUCAAAGAAAAAAAAAGCGAGGUUCUGUACUCAUCUUUACCCAUAUUGGAUAGAAGUUUACAUUAAACAAAGUAUAAAAGUAUAAGAAGAAAAUGAAAAGGUUAAGAUAUUUCUAUUGAAUUUAAAUGUAAAUAACUCUAAAUUUUAAUUAGUUCUUUUAUUUCUUACAUACGUAACGUGAGUAAUAUUUAACGAUUUGCUUUUAAGAUAGUGUCACUUAUUUUUGUUAACGAAAAUAGCAUUAUAAAAAGUACUUACCAUUCUAUUUCUUUUGAGCACACCUACAUCUGUAUAUA